AAGAGUAACCACAAACCACCCAUCCCCAUAAAAUCUGCGUCCUCUUCUCUUUCUCUCUCUCUCACUCUCACCCACCUACACACACACCGCGCUGUCUGUUUCUGUAACACAAACCCAUAACAAAGAAAGAAAGAAAGAGAAACCACAAGUAUUCUCUUUCAGUUCUUACAAAUAUUCCAUUGUUGCGUUUUAGUAUCAUGGCUUGUGCAUUAUCAGCAAGUAGCUGCACAAUUACUACCUCCCCGAGUAGCAGACUCUUCUUCAACCAGUUUCAAAAGGACCCAAAGAAGAAGCAAAGCCUUCAUCUCUUUAGAGUCCGAGCUUCUUCGGACGAUUCUGACUGCAAUGACGAAGAGUGCGCCCCCGAGAAGGAGGUUGGGACUGUGAGCAUGGAAUGGCUAGCUGGGGAGAAGACAAAAGUGCUUGGGACAUUCCCACCUCGUAAACAACGUUGGACUGGCUAUGUUGAAAAGGACACUGCUGGUCAGACGAACAUAUACUCUAUUGAGCCUGCAGUUUAUGUGGCAGAAAGUGUAGUCAGUUCAGGAACAGCAGGUUCUUCUGCUGAUGGAUCAGAGAACACAGUAGCAAUUUUUGGUGGCCUCGCGCUAAUAUCUGUUGCUGCUGCCUCAUUGGUACUGGUUCAAAUUGGGAAGAACCCUCCUCAGAUGCAGACGAUGGAAUACUCCGGGCCAUCCCUCAGCUACUAUAUUAACAAGUUCAAGCCACCAGAGAUCAUCCAAGCUUCAGUGCCAACUGAAGCUGAAACCUCAACAUCCAUAGACUCAGAAAUCUCUGCCCCAGAGGUAACUCAAGUUGAGGUUGAAUCAGAGUAUCAGCCAGAGGCUCCAACUUCAAGUUCUAACAACUCUUAGGCAUUUGAAGUUGGCUGAUUUUCUGGAAUAGUGUAUAUUCAGUUUUGAGAAUUUCUUUCAUACAAUUGAUUAUAUAUGGUGUUCAAUGCAGCUUUGGACUAUUGGUUUAGUUUGUAUUUUUGUUUUCGUGGCAAGUUUAUUUAUCAUACCGAGGAUCUGCAGCCUGCCGUUGGACCGGUAGGUCGUGGGUUCGAACUUUACCAACUCAUUUCCUCUAAACUUUGAAAUAGUGACAAAAAAAUAAUAAUUUAUUUAUCAUACUAAAGUCUCUUUCUUGGAGGGCGGACCUUAAUGUAGCGGUAAGAUUACUUUAUUACGACAUGAACAACAUGGGUUCAAGUCAUGAAAAGGACUUCUUUGUGGG